CUAGAUCGUCAUCAGGCUGGUUUUCAUCACUCCUCAAUAAACCAGGCCGCAGCAAGCCCUCUUUAUCUGUGUACAACACUAGAAGACCUGCUCCAUAUCCCACAAUGCCACCGGCGAGAAUAGUACCGCCGAGUGCCCCUUACACCGGACAUGGAAGCAGACCCGUGGCCCCCAGUGCUCCCAGUUACCCGGGACGCGGUGUGGCGCAUCCUCAAACGCCCGGAUACCGUCCACAGACGCCUAGUGCACCACCAAUGGCACCUGGAAUGGUAGUUCCAGGACAAUACAGUUCAUCGCAGUUGCCUGGGGGUGCCCCGCCUGCUCCUGGCUUCAGACCGGUGCUUCCAAGUGCCCCUCCCGCUGUGCUUAGCAAUCCAGUUGGAAGGCCUUCUGUGCCAGGCCGUAUAUAUCCGAGCCUUCCAGGUUACCUUGGUAGUCAGUACCCAGGACCCGCACAAUCUGGUAACCCUUCGAACCAACAUUCUGGACAAGGCCAACGCGGAUACCCACCGGUCCAGUAUCCCGGUGCAGGACAUGGUCAGCUAGGGUAUUCUGGUGGACAUUAUCCGACACCAGCCCCGGGACAACCAGGAAGCUUCCCAGGAGCAAGUAGAUCAGCGACUAAUCCCGCAGCCUCUGGACGCUCCUACACAAUACGGCCGGUUCCAGUCUCAACUCCGAGGCCAGCCCCAUAUCCCACAAUGCCACCUGUGAGAUACGUGCCCCCAGGAGUCCCUCAUCCAGAAUAUGCUAACAAACCAACUUCUGUGGGUUCUUUUUAUCCGAGUCUGCCAUCAUAUUCGAAGCACGGGGUCCCUUACCCUCAAGCACCGAACCGCCAACCGCAGGUACCAAGUGCACCGCCAAUGCAACCGGGAAGGGUACCUGCGAAAAAUAUACCCCCGGGAGGGAGUCCGAGUGCUGUACAGCGCCUGCCCCAGUUUAAACCGAUGAUCCCUAGUGCUCCCCCUGCAGAUCCAGCUCCUUCUCAAGGCUAGACAUACGAGUUACGUUGGCGCUCAUUAUCAGGGAAGUAGCCAGCCGGGCCGCUCCAUGGGUCAGUAUCCUGGACAUAGGCAAAAUUCUUCAAGCCAGCACCCUGGUGCGAGUUACGGUCACACAGGCACCAUGGGUUCUUCGUCUAGGUCAUCAGGAAGCUCAUCUAGAUCGUCCGGAUCUUCUGGAAGUUCCUCCAGAGGUUCUUCGGGUUCUUCUUCCUCUUCCAGUUUGUUUUCAUCACUGUUCAAGAGACCGGGAGGCGGCAGGCCGUCGAAACCAAAGCCAUCCGGACCGAUAUACGUCACCAGAAGGCCCGCUACACAGAGGCCUACCCCAAGGCCUACCCCGAGACCUACCCCCCGGCCCGCCCCGUAUCCCACUCAGAGACCCGCACCUUACCCGACGCAACCUAGGCCGGUGCCUCCAAGUGCACCGUCUUACCCGGGCCAAGGAGGUUCCUAUCCCAAUGUACCAGGUCACCGACCACAGACUCCCAGCGCGCCACCUAUGGAGCCAGGAAAAAUAGUUCCUGGUCAAGUCAACCCAGUGCAGCAGCCCGGUGGUGGUCAACACCCUCCGGGUUUCAAGCCGAUGCCCCCUAGCGCUCCUCCUGCGGAGCCCGGGAACCCGGGCGGGAGGCCUUCAGCACCUGGGUAUCCAGGUGGAAGCUACCCCGGUUAUCCUAGUGGGCAAUAUCCUGGCCAGAGUCAACCAGGCCGUCCUCCGAGCCAGUACCCAGGACAGAGCCAGCCCGGCUACCCAUCAGGCCAAUAUCCUAGCGCUGGUCAACCUGGCUACCCUGGGGGUCAGUAUCCAGGACAAGGACAACCUCAGCCCGGCUAUCCCGGCGGCCGAUAUCCUGCACCAGGGCAGCCGAGUUACCCUUAUCCAUCGGGGGGCCAGUAUCCUGGUCAGGGAAGGCCAGGCUAUCCUUCCGGUCAAUAUCCAGGUGCAGGUCAGAGAUACCCUGGAGGUCAAUACCCAGGUGGUCGCUACCCCGGAGUUAGUUAUCCUAGUGGAGGAGGCUACCCUGGUGGUAGUUAUCCGGGUGCAUACCCGGGUGGUUACCCAUCAGCCGUGUACAACCCCUAUGUACCUAAAAAGCCAGGAGGCCUUCUAGGAACGCUCUUGGGCGGGAGUAGCUUGUUAGGCGGUGGUAAGAAACAUCGUGGUCACGUGUUCGCGCCUGCGAAUCCUUUGUAUCGUGGCAUGCCUGUAGCAACUGCGUACGGUGUCGAAAGGACCCUCAAGAGAAAAGGCAUCAAGCAGAAGCAUAUCGCCACGGCGAUCGGCGCUGCACUGCUGUACAAGACGCUGAGUCACCGCAGGAAGCGAUGGAAGCCCAAGUUCUACGGCGGUUACUACGGUUCCGGUUACUACGGUGGUUACUACGGAAGACGACGCUAUUACGGCUCUUCAUACGACCACUAUCACAACCAGACUUCGUUCGACAACACAAGCGCUGUUCCGUUCGGCAACAUGACCGGUUAUGAGAUCAUCGACAAUGCCACCUACAUAGAGGAGUGUCGCUACAAGAAGGAGCCGUGGGAGGAGUGCGACCGUGCCACCAACACCCAGAAGCGCAAGCUGAUCCUCAAGCGCGGCAGCGGCAAGUGCGAGCCCACCAAGGAGCUCACCAGGAACUGCAAAAAAGUGCCAACAUCAACGUGCCGUUACGAGAAGGGCGCCUGGAAUGCCUGCAACGUGACAGCCAACACGCGCACCCGGGUGGACAAACUCAAGCCCAGAAGUGACCCCACGUGCGAGCCUAACCGCACAGUCACCAAGAAGUGCAAGUCCGGUCUCGGCUGCCGCUACAACCGCAGCGUCAAGUGGAGCGAGUGCGACCCCGCGACGCAGACUCGGACCAAGACCAUGCCGCUUGUGAGCGGCAACACGGCGUCGUGCGAGAGCCACAAGGUGGUCACCAAGCCUUGCCGCACCAACGGGGACCAGCGCCAGGCGAAGCGGAAGCCAAAGCAGGAUGAAGAAGACGAGGAGGAUGAAGAGUGAACGAGCUGACCUGGCUCCGUGGAGAGAAGGCAGCCGGGAAGUAUCUUUCGAAAAAUACGAGGGCAGAAGGGGGCUGUUUCCUACAAACAACGCAGUCAUCUCGAAGUCGACGCGGUGACCUUCCAACGCCGGAUGUAAAAACUGCCUGCUCUGACGUCAUCAGCUGCGUUCGUGACGUCACGUGUAGGCUAUCUAAAUGGCAUCAAGGGGUACCCGCGUUCGGCGAGUUCUCGCAAGCGAGAAAAAGAAAAGCAAACACGCGCGGCCUAUUUCGUGGCGUCGUUGCAAGUGCCAGUAAGCGGACAACGUGUUCAUUAUUGAUUCAAAAUUAGGUUUGGCUGUCUGUACGAUUCGCGCAUCUCAAGUUUGGAACGACGUGACGAAGUAAGUGCAGGAAGUACGCUGUCUGUAUCCUCUUCUGUCCCCCUUCUUACGGCGCUGAACUAAAUUGAGGAUGUUAGGAAGUGUGGCUCACUUUGCCAAAUUAUCAACUAUAUAUUGAACUGCGCCUAGGGGCCUUUCGUAUUCUUUCUGUGUGAACAUGAAUCAGCCCGCGACAACACUCGCACGUAAUCCGUAAUCACUUAGCUCGGUUUCGAAGAAACUCCAGCAAGCGUGACAACACUUUUUUCACUCUUCAUAGAGAGAAAUACGUUUCGGGCCCUUAUCAUGUCGCUCUUGCAGUGGUCUUGUUUUUACAUCACGUGUAUGCUGGCAUGUAAGUGAUUGACCCAAGCGGAGUAGAUUUGAGAUGGAAUUCGCAGUCGCUUCGAUAUAGGCCAGAUGCUAGAAGGCCGUAUUGUUUGAGAUAUCAGUGAACGUUCAAGAACGCCAGAUGGUCAAAAUUUCCGGAGCCCUUUAGAAUGCGGCUUGGCUCAUAUUCAUAUCCUGCUUUGGGCACUUAUGUCCCGGAUAUAAAUAUCAAUUAGCAAUCCUGUAAGACAGCAACAAUGUCGGUGUCGGAAUUUGGAAAAAUAUUCGAAAGCCAAGUACAGAAUCGCUCACGUUUCGCUUUCUUGGGAUCAGCAUCGGGUAGCUUAACUUCGUUUUCAUACAUCACACUCUGCCUUUUCAUUGUAUCCCGAAACACGGGUUGACUUACACGUCCUAAUCAUUUGCUGCAUUUUGCCGUGAAUGUGUCAUUAGGUAUACAGUGUGUAGUGAAUAAAGGUAAUGAAGCUGCUUAUUAUAGUUAACUAAAAGAUCGUUCAAAGCAGUGUACACAGUUCAUUCGGCAGCGUCAUUAGCCAACUUAGUAACUAUAUAGGCGGGUUCACAAAAUUACACCGUUCUAUUCUUCCCACGAUAUAUUGUAAAUCAUGAAAAGUGUAUCUUCUUAGAUUCUAACGAUUAAUGUCUUGAACGGAUUCUUCUUGCGAUUGCGGACCUAGUCAGCCUUCUUCGGAUAAAAGCCAAAUCCAACGUGCGCACACCUACAGAGUGCUGAACCUAUUAUAGUUCACAAGUCGAUUGUGGAGCCACCAUGAGGAUUGAAAAUGACGACCUAUGUGUUGUAGCUGGCGUGCGAUACUUCCUAACAGUCUAACACUUCUGAUGCAUUUAUUUGAGAUCGCACCAGUAUUUGAUCAGCGAUCGCUUCUCACAUUUACACAAACUCUAUGCUGUGAAUAUUGUAACUAUUCUAUUCCAAUUCUGUUCUUAUCACAAUUCUUCAUCGAUGAAGGCGUCGACGCGUCAACAUGAUCACCAAUGGUCGCGCUAUGUGAAUAAGCUUUCAAUAGAAUUGAUCAAACAUAAACGAAGCAAUGCACCGGCCUUUAUAACGAGCUUCGUAAGUUUUGAAAAGAAGUGCAUACCCUAGUAUCUCAGCUCAAAAAGGAUAAGAACAUUCGCAAAUUCGAAGGCUGUUCAAGGACUGCUGCUUACCGCAGUGUUUAGUUGCGCUGUCCAGUAAUUCUGGUAUAAUGUCUGAACUUGCCAAUGGAAAUACUACUUAUUGGCAGUACUUAUUCAGGUGAUACGAAAACAUCAUAAUGGUCUCACGUUAUGUAACGCUGUUAAUACAUCGACGGCGAGUCCUUACAAGUUCACUGCUUAAUGCAAAAUGUAACGAGAAUACUGAGCUUCAUAAUGUAACCGUGAAAGGCUGCACAUAUACAAUGCAAGGCUUCCACCAUGCAGCUCUUUCGGCACGCAACUGAACUUCGAGCAUUCAGGAUGUAAUUCACUUUUAGGCCAAUGCGGGCAGUUCACCCAUCUUGAUAGUGAAGUGCUCCAACCUUCUAGUGGAGUGCAACCAAUCGUCUCUAUCGAGCUGACACCUCACUGUUCUUAUCAUUGCCGUUGAUCUACAUUAGCUUCAUAGAACGCACACAAGCGUACACUUACAAAUCCGCGGUUGUCUUUCCGAUUUUAUCGCAUUUACUCGUUGUGCCAAUGGAGCAUGUCGGUGUCAUUCCAGGCGGAAGAGAUGGGAGCGACGGGGUCGGCGGAUAAGCUUGGCCCAGCCAAAUUGUACUGUUCGUAAUCGAGCCUUUUCAUACUCCAACUCUCAUACUUAACGGCGUUGUGGCGCGGAAGAAGGGGUGGUUGAAUUUUAACUAACUAAAAGUACCGUUGUUCGACGUAGCUAUCAUUCCCAGCGUGCUUCCGUAUAGCCGUAGCAAACAUCUCCUCUUUGUCUUCCCCAUUUCCUGUAGAUUCCCCCCUCGCCAAUUCAAGACAAGUGUUCCCUUCUUUGGACAACGAAUGUGUGCGCGAAACGGUGUUUCUUUCUUUUUUCUUGUUCUUAUUUUUCGCAAUUUUUUAUUUGAUUCUCAGUGACUUAUACUGUAUGAAUAAAAGAAACGCCUUCAAAA